CCCAGAAUGUUUCUUCUACUGACUGUACUCCAAGUCAUGGCUGUCGCCAUGGUCCAGAGCCAAGAAGACGAUAACAAGAUAAUCGGUGGCUAUCCGUGUGCCCAGUACUCCCAGCCAUGGCAGGUAGCUCUGCUGGCAGGUCCCGGGCGCCGCUUCUUGUGUGGAGGGGCCCUGCUGUCUGAUCAGUGGGUCAUCACUGCUGCUCAUUGUGCCCGCCCGACUCUCCACGUAGCCCUGGGAAAGCACAAUCUGAGGAGAUGGGAGGCGACUCAGCAAGUUAUACGCGUGGUUCGCCAGGUACCACAUCCCCAGUACCAGCCUCGGGCUCACAACAAUGACUUGAUGCUGUUGCGGCUGCAGAGGAAAGUACGGAUGGGGCGGGCAGUGAGGCCCAUCAUCCUGACUAGCUCCUGUGCCAGCCCUGGGACUGCCUGCCGAGUGUCAGGCUGGGGAACCAUAUCCAGCCCCAUUGUCAGGUAUCCCAACAGACUGCAGUGCGUGAACAUCAACAUCAUGCCAGAGCAGGUGUGCCGUAACGCCUAUCCCGGAGCCAUCACCGAUGGCAUGGUGUGUGCUGGCGUCCCUCAGGGCGGGAAGGACUCUUGUCAGGGUGACUCUGGGGGACCCCUGGUGUGUGGAGGACAGCUCCAGGGCCUUGUUUCCUGGGGGAUGGAGCAUUGUGCCAGGCCUGGCUACCCAGGGGUGUACAGCAACCUGUGCAAGUACCACACCUGGAUCCGGCGAACCAUACAAGCCUGAUGGUCACCGCGUCACUGACCAUCCCUUAACAGCUGCCUCGGUACUCCCCUCUUUCCUCAGACCCCAGCCCUCCCCCCUUAUCCUCUGGCCCUCUUCCCUCAGACCUCAGCCUUCUUUCCUCAGUCCCAGGGGUACAGACCCCAGCCCUAAUUCAGACCGAGGAGCCCCCUCCAGCAUCCUCUCCCCAUACCCCAACUUCUACUUCCUAUCCAAAAGCAGUGGCUCUAGGUUUUC